GUUGCUCAAAUUGAAUUAAAAAUUACAUGCCUCCCAUUUCCUUUUCUCUCUCUGCUUUAUGGACAACUUUGACUGCUCUCUUCUUACGAGCUUUGCCUUCCUCAAUACUGGGAAUGUCCUUGACCAUUUCCUUUAGGAAUCCAAACUUCUCAUGCGCUUCUACUACCUCCUUGACAUGACUGGAAGAGAUCUUAUAACAAUUCGUAUUAGCAGAAGGCUCUGUAGUCUCCUUCGCCUUUGUAGUUGACAGUUUUAUUAUAUCCUGGAUAAACAGCUCCAAUGCCUUGGCAAUAGCUAGCGGAGUCUUAUCGGCAAUCUUGCCUAUCUCUUUGUUAGCCUGCAUCAUCUUUUUAAUCCUUGCCACUGAGAUUUUGCAAUCUGCAUUCUUCUUAUUCUU